GGGAAUCGUGUGCAUUUUUUUUUAAUCUCUUAGAGAGUUUAAACGACUCCAUAUACAUCUUUUUGUUGAUGAUAAAAACUAUAUUCACAAAGGAAAGUAUGCAGACUGCAAAGCUAAGCUGGCCCUCAGCCCUACCUGCCACCUUGUUCAGAGGCACAUCAUUUUUCAGUGCGUUUACAUGAUGUGUGCGCCACUGACAUUGACUGUGCUCUUCCUUUUCGCAAAGGGAUCGUGAUAAACCGAGCUUUCUGCUCCUUGCCUUUCUCGUCUCUUACCUCGUGCUGCUUAUUCUUGCCAGAGUUCGGCGACAGUCUAUGUGAAAACACAUUUUUGAAAACCGCUGUAUGCACGCUCCUGCCGGGUAUCAGUGUGGCAAGAACAGAGCUUGGAGGGGACCGUUUAAAGUCCCGUCCCUUCUAGCGCGAGCGCUCGCAGCUGAGACCGGCUCCCCAUGGGAGCCAUAUAGCUGGGGAGGCCUUGCGGGCCUGGGGUGCCAGGCAGGCGGCCCUCCCCCGUGAGGGGGUGUGAGCGGGGCGGGGCCGGAACGUCCUUCUCCCCGGCCGCGCCCCGGGCGGGCACUGUUACCCGCCACACGGAUCAUGGCCGCAGCCUCACUAACGCAGAUAUGGGCCCGGAAACUUCUCCCUUUCCCUUGGCGUCUGUGUGCUCCCAGGAGAUAUGCCUUCAAUUUCAAGGCUGCUGACCUGCAACUGGAAAUGACGCAGAAGCCUAUUAAGAAGCCGGAUGCCAGGGAGCCCCUGGUGUUUGGGAAGAUAUUCACCGACCACAUGCUGAUGGUGGAAUGGAGCCAGAAGAAGGGCUGGGGCCAGCCCCGAAUCCAGCCCUUCCAGAACCUCACACUGCACCCAGCCUCUUCCAGCCUCCACUAUUCCCUGCAGCUCUUUGAGGGCUUGAAGGCGUUCAAAGGCGGGGACCAACGGGUGCGUCUCUUCCGUCCCUGGCUCAACAUGGACCGGAUGCUGCGCUCAGCUCUGCGCCUCUGCCUGCCGAGUUUUGACAAGGGCGAGCUGCUUGAGUGCAUCCGACGGCUCAUCGAAGUGGACAAGGACUGGGUUCCUGACAGCACAGGCACCAGCCUCUAUGUGAGGCCUGUGCUCAUUGGCAACGAGCCUUCGCUGGGUGUCAGCCGCUCCACGCAAGCCCUCCUCUACGUCAUCCUCUGCCCCGUUGGCUCCUACUUCCCUGGAGACUCUGUGACCCCUGUCUCCCUCCUGGCUGACCCAGCGUUCAUCCGGGCCUGGGUGGGUGGAGUAGGCAACUACAAGCUAGGGGGGAAUUAUGGGCCCACUGUGUUCGUACAAGAGGAGGCAAAAAAGAAGGGCUGUGAACAGGUCUUGUGGCUGUAUGGGCCUGAUCAUCAGCUCACCGAGGUGGGCACCAUGAACAUCUUCAUCUACUGGACCCACAAGGAUGGGGUGCUGGAGCUGGUGACACCCCCGCUGGAUGGUGUCAUCCUGCCUGGAGUAGUCAGACAGAGUCUGCUGGACCUGGCUCAGACCUGGGGUGAGUUCCGGGUAGCAGAACGCUCGAUCACUAUGAAGGAGUUGAUGCAGGCGCUGGAAGAGGGCAGGGUGAGGGAAGUCUUUGGCUCGGGCACCGCAUGUCAAGUCUGCCCUGUGCACCAAAUCCUGUACCAAGGCCAGAAACUGCACAUUCCCACUAUGGAAAAUGGGCCUGAGCUUAUCCUCCGCUUCCAGAAGGAGCUGAAGGCGAUCCAGGUGAGGUGCUGGGAGCGGCAAAAUGGGCUGGUCGCUUGUUUCCCAGAGAAGUUCAUGUCCCAUGUGCCUGUGGCCUGAGAGCCAUCUACGCCGCAGUAAUCCCAGGGAUAGUAGCCCUGUCGAAGUUAGCUUUCCAUGAACUUCUGGGACCCUCGCCAGUCCUCUGGCUACAUAAGGCUGCCCUUGAUCCCUUAGGCCUGAGAAAUCUUCCUCCUGUGAGUCCUGGCCCUUGGCCUCCUUCCUGGCUCAAGCCCAUUUCCUCCCAAGAGCAUUCCCAUUCUUCUGAGCCAAGGGAUCUUCCAGAGAGCCUCUGAGCUCCUCUCCCAGGGCUCCAGACCUAGACCUACACUUCCCCCAACUUCUUCAAGCCUCACACUAACUCCCCUAAGCCUCUGGGCCACCUCUGUCUUGAUUCCAACUCCUGGGGAUUGUGGGCGGGCCUCCAAGAAGUGGACCACAUUUCCCAUGAGGCCGUGGGGCUCAACUCCGUAGGCGCUCAGGCCGGGGCGCCCCGGGGCCUGCUGGGAGAU